AUGGGGGCUACCGGCGCCAGCGGAUCUAGCAGGGACAGCAGAGGCAGCCUUUCGCCAACGCCGCAGCCGCAGCAGGCGGGACCGUGGCCGUCUCUUUGCCCGUCUCCUGCUCGUCACAGGCGGUCAUCUUCGCAGGCACUCCCGAUGCGCCACGAGGUGGACCACGAGGAGCCGCCGCCGGACCGCUUCUACGAUGCCGAGGUCCAGCGGGCCCUUGCCGAUGCCCAGUCCGUCGCGCAAGACCUGGCUAGCGUGCUGGGCCGCCACCCCUUGAACGUGGACCAGGACUCGCCCAUAUGGCGUCUCUCGGAGAGAGCCGGGGAGCUGGCCCGUUUCCGAUGCCCUCCGACUCGUACAGUAGGUCUGGUUGGCGACUCGGGAGUUGGCAAGAGCAGCCUGCUGAACUCGCUGCUGGAUUGCGACGGACUGGCCCGGGCGACCAACAACGGAGCGGCGUGUACGUGCGUCGUGACGGAAUACUGGUACCACGACAGGGACGGCUUUGCCGUCGAGGUCGAGCCGUUCAGCCAGAGCGAGAUCAGGGAGCAGCUGACCGAAAUGGUGCACGCAUAUUGCCAGCGUCUCCGCCGCUCCGCAGGCUCGGAGGAUGCGCAAGAUUCAGAUGAUGCGGAGAACUCGGACGUCCGCCAGUCGCAUGCCGAGGACGCGAGGCACUGGGAGGAGCGCGCAGCCGUUGCCGAAGACUCCUUCCGGGCCAUGUUCGAGGAUCGAUUCACGCCCGCGCUGUUCCAGCAGGGGCGGUCGGAAGAGAGCAUAGUGAGAACGCUAGUCGGUUGGGCGCAGGAGCUCAGCCCUGUCAACGCCAACACCCGCGAAAUCCGGUCCUCGGUCAGAGACUGCUCCUCCCUCCUGGCACAGCUCACGUCGAACGCGGGUCCAUCCGGAGGAGCGCCGGUGUGGCGUUAUAUCAAGAAGGUCAAGGUGUUCCUCAAGGCGUAUAUUCUGAGCAAAGGCCUUAUCCUCGUAGACCUCCCAGGACUCCACGAUCUGAACUCGGCUCGACGCAAUAUCACCGAACGCUACAUAGUCGAGUGCAACGAGAUCUUCGCCGUCUGCAACACUGGGCGAGCGACGACCGACCAAGGGGUCAUGAGCGUGUUUGAGCUUGCUCGGCGGGCGGACUUGUCCAACGUUGGCAUAAUCUGCACCAGAUCCGAUGACGUCAAGGCCGAGGAGGAGGUGCGGGAGCACACCGGUGCGGCGGCGGUGAGGCUGCGGCACUUGAUUCAAUUGGUAAGGGACGCGGAGCGCAGAUUGGCGCCGGUCGGCCAAGAACUCGCAGAGUUGAACGCCAUCUUGGACGGAGGUGAUGAGCUGUUCGAGCAAGAAGAGGCGAGGCGAAUCCAGCUCUUGGGGGAGAAAGACCGGAUUGAAUGCCACCGCACCGCCAUGGAGCUCCGCAACGCCACCGUGACGGCUGGGCUAAUGCGCACCUAUGCCGACAGGAUACCGGGCGGCGGCGGCCAACUGCGCGUGUUCUGCGCCAGCAACACGCUAUACUGGGAGUGGCGAGACAAGCCCGCAGACCGGGCGCUCCCCUUUCUCCGCCAGAGCGGCAUCCUCGCCAUCCGGCAGCAUUGCCUGGGCCUCGUUUCGGAGAGCCAGCUCCGCCUCGCCAUGCAGUACAUGCACCGCGACGUCCAGGAGCUCGUGAGCAACGUCGACCUGUGGGUCAGGUCCGGGGCGGGCGGUACGGCCGACUUGGCGCGGGCACGGGAGGUCCGCCGGGUGCUCGACGGGGUGGAGGCCCGCUUGAGGGGGGAUUUCACGGGAGUGCAUUCGCCGAUCAUGAACCUAGACCGGUGGCUUUCGCGACGGUUCGGGGAGGACGUGUAUCAACAGCGCCGAACUCGCGAGUGGACCCGAGAGGCAGUAAAAGCCGGGCUGGUGUGGAACGGGGUAACAACCUAUGCUGCGUUUUGCCGGAACUAUGGACAUCACAACACCGACGCCGUGGGUUUUCACGACUGGAACGAGGAAGCGAUGGCGGCCAUGUCGGAUGCCUUGUCCGCGGUCUGGCGCACCUUCUACCCCGUUAUUCUUGACCGCUUAGACCGCGUCUUGGAGACCAUAUCCGACUCACUGGAAUGGGCUGUCAAUCGCCUAGAGGCUGUGGUUGACGGCUACCGGUCCGACUCUCUGCACCCGCUCCGCAUAGCCUUGACGUCCCGCCAACACAGUCUUGUGUUCCGGGUGGAGGACAUUUGCGACAAGUUUGAGGAAGACCUCAGGACGCUCCGAACUGACGCACUUCGGGGGCAUCGGACCUCCUUCUAUGGACGAGGCAUGGAAGGCACAUACAACCGCGCCAUUGCAGAAUACGGCAGCGGGAGCUGGGGCCGGAAGAAGGCCAUCAUCAACGCGGCGCUCGGCAACGAGCAGCUACUUGCGGCGGUAAUGAGAAAGUUCCGAGACGGCUUCGGGGAGCUAGCCGCGGCACUGCAGGCCGAGGUUCGAGCAGUCGUCGCAUCCGACCUCGACGUCAUCAAGGACACGUUGGGCAUUGUCCGGAACGAGAGCGCCGCACCGCCGAGCGAGGAGGAGUUGGCGUUCAGAGCGCGUGUUGCGGACGAGAUUCGGACCGUCAGGCAGCGGCUCGACCAUGCCCUGGCGAGGGCUCCGGAGUCGACGGUAGGGUCUGAGGGGCGCUGA